GCUGUACAGAGUGCGAAUUGGGGUGCUGAAGCAUGGAAGAACAAGGGCAGGUUGUCCAGCUCACCCAAGAAGAGCAUGCUGCGCACUUGGCGCAGAUGGAGCAGCAAUUGAAGGUCUUCUGGGCAGGUCAGUUGGCAGAGAUGGAGAAGCUGGAAGUCGGCAGUGAACAAGAUUUCAAGAACCACAACGACCUGCCACUCGCCCGAAUCAAGCGAAUCAUGAAGUCCGACGAAGACGUACGAAUGAUCAGUGCAGAGGCGCCCGUCUUGUUCGCCAAGGCGUGCGAGAUGUUCAUCUUGGAACUCACGUUGCGAUCGUGGGGGUAUUCCGAAAAGAACAAGCGCCGCACGUUGCAGAAGGAAGACAUCCAGACGGCGAUUCGGAAUACCGAUAUCUUCGACUUUCUCGUCGACGUCAUCAACUAAGUGCAGCCAGCGAGUCCCAUUCAGUGGCAGCGCAGCUCAUGAAGCGACCUUCCAUCCACCCCUUUGUCCAUGCCGUCUAGGGAUUGCUGCACAAGCACUCUACCUAUUGCGCGCACGUUUUUAUUUUGCGAAUAACCUAAUUGAUGCCAUGUUACAGCA